AUGGAGGAUGGCCCAAUUACCUCCAUUGCCGAGCCCGGCAUUAAGGCUGAGGGGCAGCUUCUGUAUACCAUGCGCAACGAGGUCGCAAACCUUUUGGGCCGCAGCCAAACCGGCUUCCCCGGAGCGCAACCCGUCAGCUUUGCCCGCAAGCAUAUUGAGGCCCUUAAAACCCAAGACUACUAUGUUUGCGAAAAAUCGGACGGCAUUCGCUACUUGCUGUAUGCGACGAGAGACGAAAGCGGUGCCGAAGCACAUUACCUGAUCGAUCGCAAAAACGACUACUGGUUCAUCACAAAUCGUAAUCUGCACUUUCCCCUCGACAGCGAUCAGACUGCCUUUCACAUUGACACGGUCCUCGAUGGCGAGCUCGUGUGGGAUAGCAAGCCCAACGGCGGCAGGGAGCCACGUUUCCUCAUCUUUGACUGCCUCGUCAUGGAUGGGCAGGUGCUCAUGGACCGCACGUUGGACAAGCGGCUGGCAUACAUAAGAGAGAGAUUUCAUACGCCGUAUAAGCGCCUAUUUAAGGAGUUUCCCGAAGAGCUCAAGUUUCAGCCAUUCUUUGUCGAGAUGAAACCGUUUCAGCUUGCAUACGGUAUCGAGAUGAUGUUCAAGCAGGUCCUGCCACAUCUCAGGCACGGCAACGACGGGCUCAUCUUUACGUGCCGCCACACACCGUACCGUCACGGCACGGAUCCCCAUAUUCUUAAGUGGAAGCCGCCGGAGGAGAAUACUAUUGAUUUCCUUCUCAAGCUGCAUUUCCCAACUGUGCAGCCCAAUAGGGCGGAGCGCGCGCUGGGAAGGACGGAGCCGUUUGUCGACUACGACAGCGUGCCUCACGCGGAGCUCAUGGUGUUCACAGGCGGCAAUGGACCGGAGCGCUACGAGACCUUUCAGCCGCUAUACAUUACCAAACAAGAAUGGGAGACACUCAAGGGCCUUGGCGAUCCACUGAAUGACCGCAUCGUCGAGUGUAACCAGGAUGAUAAGAAGCGUUGGCGCUUGCUGCGCUUCCGCGACGACAAGUUGGAAGCCAAUCAUAAGUCCACCGUCAACAGCGUCCUCCAGAGCAUCAAGGACCGUGUCACAAAGCAGGAUUUGCAUACAGCUGCUGCACGGAUCCGUGACAACUGGAAGGCGCGCCAGGCGAGAGGGGAGCGAAAGUAG